GUAGAAGGUAUUGUCGAGAGAAUAAUCGCACGCGUGGGAAGAGAUACACCGACUUACCUUAGCAUUGACAUCGAUGUGCUCGAUCCUGCUUUUGCACCUGGCACGGGUACGCCUGAGGCUGGUGGAUGGUCAACUCGUGAGCUUAUUCGUAUUUUACGUGGGAUUGAGGGGUUGAAUAUCGUUGGGGCUGAUGUUGUGGAGGUUUCGCCUGCUUAUGAUGGGCAUGGAGAUGUGACGGCCAUUGCUGCGGCGCAGAUUGUCUAUGAAGUUGUGACUAGUAUUGUGAAGCGAGGAUUGUCGGACAAGAAUCCCGCGGCUGCACAUUUUGGAGAGGUCAGGGACGAACUAUAG